CUUUUCUACUUUUUUUUCCAGCUUUGACUUUUCUUCCCCCCCACAACAUACCACACGUCAUGUCACCAGCUGCAACUGCCACCACUGUUGACGCAUCGCAACAAUUCCACACGAUUUCAACAACAGCAACAUCAACGGCCAAAAGCAAAAAUGAUUGUCUUGUUGAACCUAAACGUUUUGAAUUCAAAGACUCGUUAUUUGAGUAUUCUGUUCAUGCCCCCUCCGAUCGAUUCCUGAGAGACAUGGCUACUGUUUUCCCGCAUCUCUCCGUGCGACAACGUAAAGAUCUUUUGGUUGUACCAGUUAUUCAACAAUGUGAAAAUGACAUGGUCGGCUUGACAUAUGAGGUCAACAAAGAGCGAGACGAUAAGCUUGAAUUGUUUGUUGACUGGGGUAAACGUGUCGCUGACAGACUCGCAUCAGUUGGUUUUUGGGCUGAUGUGACAGACCCUGCAUCUGGUUUUCCCGUACUUAGCGAAGCCGGCCCUUCGCCCUAUCCGGACGUACAGGCAACAACUGCAUUGACACGCUAUGACAUUCAGAAUGUCGGAUGCUGCCAUAUUCUGUUGCAUCCUGCUUGGAAGAGUCGCAUCUAUCCUGCCACCUUUUUCACCAUUGCUCCUGCAGAUAUCCUUGUCAAAGUUAUUGACGAAAUUAAUUCCGCCCUCCAACAGUAAAUUGGUCCUGGUCGAUCGAUCUUUUUUAUAUUCACCCGAUUUUCUAGUAGCAGAUGCACCCCGCACAAAUGUAUAUUGCCAUUUGAAUGUAAUAGACAAUA